AUGGCUGAACCCUCCGCAACACAGCCCAAGGGCGACGACAAGAAGCGAAAAUCAUCAACGGCAGCAGCCGGCUCGUCCGCCGCAGUCGUCUCAAAGAAGAGCAAAGCAACGGAGACAACGACGAAGACAACGACGACAAACACAAGCGCAAGCGCGAGCUCGAGCGCAAACGUCAAUGGCCCGACGACCCCUCUAUCCCCCUCGCACGAAGCCCUCCUCGCGGACCUCAGAUCCAAAUACGACGUCCUUCCCGCCUUCACCAUCUCCUCCACCAAGAUCCAGAAGCGCGUGACCUGGCUGCUGCAGCACCUGCGCAAAGACGACGGCGAUCCGAGGAGGCGCGUCGUGCUCGUCUACGCGCGGCCGGGCGAGGUCGCCAAGAUGAUUUCGAUUGUGGAGACUGUGAAGCGCAUCGUUGCGGCGGAGAAGAAGAGCGUGGACGGAAAGGAGGGGGAAGAGAGCGGCGGCAAGUGGUAUCAGUACAACCUCAUGUACGAGCUGCCGCCGAAACCUGAUGUUGUGGAAGAUACGGUGCUAGGCGGCGGCGGCGGAACGCAGGAUGGCUCGGAUGAUGAAGACAGAGACGAAGACGAUUUCGAGGUUAUGAAGACCCGGUUCGAGAGAGCUGUGUUGCCGCAGCCGGUGAAGCGUGCGGCCAAGUCGCUGAGCAUAUUCCUUUCGUUGGCGCCCGUGCCGGAACUCAAGGCCCGAGGGGAUGUUACGACGCAGACGAACACGGCGCAGUGA